ACGUGUUUGUCACUCUCUCGUCACGGCGGGCUAUAGACCUGGAUCUUGUCCUGGGGCUGCAUAUACAUUGGUGCUUUCUUGUCCAGCUAAUGUUGGACUUAUUUGCUCAUAUGGUCAUAUGAUAAAGAUGUUAUCAAACCGAACUCAAUCUAAACUUGCACCCUAUAUUAAAAGACAGAUUUGCAAGAAAUGUCAUCUUAUCUUACGACCUGGUAUAACAUCUCGAGUAAAACUAAAAAAUAAUGGUUCAAAGCAUAUUCUUGUGACCUGUAAUCUAUGUGGAACGAAGAAAAGGUUCCUUAGCAAUCCAGAUUAUCAACUUUUUUAUGAAAAAAUUAAAUCAAAGAAUUGAUCAUAUAUCUCUAUAAAUAAAAUAACAUUUUAUAAGGCUG